UUCAUAAACAUUCUUGUGAGCGCUCAAUUAAAUAAAUAAUAAUAAAUCUGCCCUAUCAUAUUAAAAUAAACGCGCCUAAUUCCUGGCUUUGGUCACGAUUUUUUCUAAGAAGCUUCAGUAUCUCAAAACUUAUCUUGUAACCACCUGCACACGUGCACUAUUCUGCAGCUCUACGCUUCAACUGUCCCGUCUAUAAAUAUUUAGCAUUUUCCUGAAUGCCACCAGUUGCUUUCAAGCACACGUCGUCAUGGGAUCAAGUACCUGGUGCAUUCUUCUGCCGUUGUUGCUCUGCAGUUUAGCGAACAGCGGAACCACAGCACUCGAACACAGAGCCUCACUGAAGAGCUUCGAUGGACUACGAGCAGAGUGCUCCCAGUACCUGCCAGCAAGCGGCAACGCCCCCGAGGACUGUUCCGACCGAUGCGUGGGCAUGGUUGGAUACUUCUGGAACGAUACCAUCGGGAGAUCAUCCAACUCGAUCGCUCGGUUCUACCAGCCGGAUCCAUGCGACCAGGACUACAUCAACCGAACGCUGACGUGUAUGUGCGAUACGGUUCUACCUCUUCCGCGGCGCCCCGGUUGCCAGAGGGCAACCCAAACCUUGCAGUGCUACCGGGACCAAUUUGGCCAGUUGAUCAACCAGGUGCCACUUUAUGUUCCCUAUAAGAAACUACAGGGCUUCCUAACGCUCGGACAGUGUGCCCAGAUGCUACAGAUCCCUGGCGAAAGGUUUGUACAGAUAAUGGACGAAGGGUACGACAAAUCAGCUGAUGGCCAGUGUCUGAUGCGAUGUUUCCUGAUCCGAUCUGGGCUGUACAGUGAUUGCGGAGGGCCUGACAUAAAGCGUUUUUCGCUCCAGUGCGAAGGAUACGGUCCCGAGUAUGAGCAAUCGGUGGCCAACUGCUACGCGGAGUUGAAAAAGCAACAGCUCGACAGCUGCACGCUGGCCACACGGAUGCUCUAUGAAUGCGUUCAGGCUAAUGAGUACAGUACAAAUGCCAUAACUAUUGCCAUUCCAUUUGUAACAGUAGACUUCGACUUCAGUAGUUUUUGGCCAACUUUCCCACCUAUAAUGGUUCCCUGAAAAUAUGAUUCCAUUUAGAAACAAAAUAGUGUUUGCGAUUUACAAAUUAUCAAAUGUUAGAGUUUUUUUUCUCAUACUAAGCAAGACAUUUUUUUUAGCUUUUUGCCACCAAAAACGAAAAUAAGCCAAAUAAAUUUGUUGUAACGUCCACACGUUCACUUCUUUUUGCAUGUCUGAACUCCUUCCGAUUGUUGAAUUAUACACUAACGAUCAAAAGUUUGGGGCCCAUAUCUUAUUUGAAAAUAACUCUUGAGCAAACCUUACAGAAAUGUCCAAUCUGCUUAGGAACUCCAGAAGAAAUCUUGCAAUAAUAUUUUGCAGUUGCUGGAGGUAUCGUCGUCAUAACAAUUUCAAGGGAAGCCGCUGGGGAAACUCCAAGUGCGAUUCGUGGGGGAAUUUCCUCGGGAAUCAAAAACCAAUCGGAC